AUGCAGCCACAUGCCGGCCCUGCAGAGGCUGAGGUGGUGACCGUUGCGGGUGUCGGAUCUCUGGUUUCGGAGGCUUCCGCGCGAGAAUCCUUCGACUUCUCCAACUUUCGCGUUGGCGAGGUGCGAGGAUGGCGGCGCUCCUUUUGCCAGUCGAAUUGGGUGAAUGUGGCGUCCGGGGGUGUGUCUUUGGAGAGCAACGAAGUGGCAGCACUCGCCAUGGUGCCAGCCGCUGACUACGUCAGCCAUGUGGCGCUCCUGGAUGUGGUGCCGUCGGAGCUGCCAGGCUUCUACGAAAGAGAAGCCGGAUACAGAAUCUUGUGGGUGCCUUUUUCUGUGAAGGGCCAAGAUGGCUCCGUCAUCGAAGAGGGACAGGCAUUGAUGUGUGCCGCUUGUGACGACGAUGCCGAAGCCGACAGGCUGUGGGCCCCCGAUGGUGAGAUGGCUCGACGUUGCGAAGAUCAGAGCCCGCGGCUUUGGAAACGCUGGACAGUGCGGAGCGAAGCGCAGCACCUUAAGCGUCUCGUGUCAUAA